AAAUAUCACGAGAAAGAGACGUGCGUAGAAUAUUUUCUGAAAGUUCGAAAAGAGUCAGUGAGCUAGUGAUAUGGCGACCAUCGUCUUCCCUGAAAAUCCUUCCCCUGUGGCCGACGCUGAAGCCAUCCGAAAGGCGACCAAAGGGUUUGGAACCGAUGAGAAGGCGAUCAUUGCGAUUCUAGGGAGGAGAAACUUUGUUCAGAGGAAACUGAUCAGACAUGCGUACCAGGAUCUGUACCAGGAGGAUCUGGUCAAGGUUCUCGAGUCGGAGCUCCACGGAGAUUUCGAGAGAGCUGUGUACCGUUGGAUCCUCGAUCCGGAGGAUCGCGACGCCGUGCUGCUGAACGUGGCGGUUAAGAAGAAGCCGGUGGACCACCGCGUGGUGGUGGAGCUGUCGUGCGUGACGUCACCGGAGGAGUUUUUAGGGAUAAAGCGUGCUUACCAAGCGCGAUUUAAGCACUCACUGGAGGAAGACGUAGCUGAGCACACUGUAGGGGAUCUACGCCAGCUCCUGGUCGGAUUGGUGAGUGUUUACAGGUACCAUACCGAGGAGAAGAACGCGAAGCUUGCGGACAAAGAGGCGGAUGUUCUGCACAACGCGAUAAUCAAGGACAAGGCAUUUAAUCACGAGGAAGUUGUUAGGAUCGUAACCACAAGGAGCAAAGCUCAGGUUGUCGCAACGCUGAACCGCUACAAGGAUGAGCAAGGCAUUUCCAUCACUAAGCAUUUGCGCGAGGAUCUCUCCAGCGAGUUCCUGUCUGCCCUCCGCACUGCUAUAAAAUGCAUCGACGACCCCAAAAAGUACUUCGAAAAGACGAUCCGUCAUGCUCUGAAGCGUGCGGGGACGGACGAGGAUGCACUGACGCGCGUGGUGGUGACGCGGGCGGAGAAGGACCUGAGGGAGAUAAAGGAUCUGUACUACAAGAGGAACAGUGUGGCAUUGGAGCAGGCGGUGGCUAAGGAAACUUCUGGAGACUACAAGGCAUUCCUCCUCACCCUCCUCGGCGGUCAACAUUAAUCAAGUAUGUCUUUCUGAAUGAUUUGCUGUCUUAGAAUUUGAAGUUUAAUUUGUGUCCAAUCGAGUCGGUCAGUGUCAUGAUACUGAAGAACUCUUUCUCUCUGUCGACUGCUCUCUAUCUGCUUGUCAUUUGAUGCGGUUUUUGCUGAGAUUCUAUGAAUUACUAGUAAUGCUUGUUUCCA